GCAUUCUGCAAGAGUAAUCAAGCAAGCAAACCAUGGACUACUACCGCGAGAGCAGCUACGGCGGGGGUUACGGGGCGAUGGCGACGCCGGGGUACGCGCCGCCGGUGCCGUACGGGAUGUCGCAGGUGAACAUCGACGGCUGCGGCGCGCCGCGGCGCCCGCUGCCGCCGCAGCCGACGGUGAAGGUGUACUGCCGCGCCAACCCCAACUACGCCAUGUCCGUCCGGGACGGCAAGGUGGUGUUGGCGCCUGCCAACCCAAGAGACGACUACCAGCACUGGGUCAAGGACAUGCGCUGGAGCACGAGUGUCAAAGACGAGGAAGGUUACCCUGCUUUCGCCCUCGUCAACAAGGCCACUGGGCAAGCCAUCAAGCACUCCCUCGGCCAGUCCCACCCCGUUCGGCUGGUGGCGUAUAACCCGGAGUAUAUGGACGAGUCGGUGCUGUGGACGGAGAGCCGGGAUGUCGGGAACGGGUUCAGGUGCGUGCGCAUGGUGAACAACAUCUACCUCAACUUCGACGCGCUCAACGGGGACAAGUACCACGGCGGCGUCCGUGACGGGACCGAGGUCGUGCUCUGGAAGUGGUGCGAGGGCGACAACCAGCGCUGGCAGAUCAAGCCUUACUACUGAUCAUGCAUGCAUCCAGCCAUCAGUCAGUCAGUUAAGCAAGCCCCUCUGCACUGCGCACCUAUGGCAUGGCAUAUCUACUCAAGUCUGAAGAUCUGAAUAAUGGUUGAGCUGCUGUCGAUCUCCCGCCGCCUUCCAUGCGGAGGAAGGCCGGAUGACACGCUCUCGUAUAAUAAUCUGUCUAACAGAAGGAUGGAGUAACAAUAAGAAGCGCUUCAUAUAUAUCAGUAUGGUUGGACAUGUGAAAUACGUAUAUACUGCCUGAAAUUCGGUACUACUUGUCUUGUGCACUCUCUAGUCUAUAUAAACUUACUUCGUA